AUGCUGCGCUUCCUGGUGUUCGCCACCCUGGUCCUUUAUGGACACAGCACCGAGGACUUUCCGGAAACCAACGCCCGGGUAGUCGGAGGGACUGAGUCCAGGAGAAAUUCCUGGCCCUCUCAGAUUUCCCUUCAAUACUUGUCCGGAGGUUCCUGGUAUCACACCUGUGGAGGGACCCUCAUUAGACAGAACUGGGUGAUGACAGCUGCUCAUUGUGUGGACAGCCAAAUGACCUUCCGUGUAGUGGUCGGAGACCACAACCUGUACCAGAAUGAAGGCACCGAGCAGUAUGUGAACGUGCAGAGGAUUGUGGUGCAUCCCUACUGGAACAGCAAUAAUGUGGCUGCUGGCUAUGACAUUGCCUUGCUGCGCCUGGCCCAGAGCGUUUCUCUCAACAGCUAUGUCCAGCUGGGUGUUCUGCCCCAAGAGGGAACCAUCCUGCCUAACAACAGUCCUUGCUAUAUCACAGGCUGGGGCAGGACCAUGACCAAUGGCCAGCUGGCCCAGACUCUGCAGCAGGCUUACUUGCCCACUGUGGACUACGCCACCUGCUCCAGUUCCUCCUACUGGGGCUCCACUGUGAAGAACACCAUGGUGUGUGCUGGUGGAGAUGGGGUUCGCUCCGGAUGCCAGGGUGAUUCUGGAGGACCCCUGCACUGCUUGGUGAACGGCCAGUACACUGUCCAUGGAGUGACCAGUUUCGUGUCCAGCCAGGGCUGUAACGUCUCCAGGAAGCCCACAGUCUUCACUCGGGUCUCUGCUUACAUCUCUUGGAUAAAUAAUAUCGUUGCCUACAACUGAACAUUUUCCUGGAUUCGACAGCCUUCCCAAGGUGGUUCUUA